AUGGCUGGUACUGCCACUGCUAUUUCCUCCACAGAUGCGUUGUCAUCUCCUUCAAGUAGCAGCACGGCAUGGGACCUAGCUGUGCCAUUAGGACCAGAGGCCGACACUAUAACGCCGAAACGCACAUCUAAUGAAUCCAGUUCGCUCUACAAUAAACCCAAUUACCGCCACCGGACGCCGAACGGCCACCCUCGGUCUCGUACCUCAUCGCAAACCGGCUCAAGGCGGGGAAGUAACGCACAUGACAGUUACGGACGUGAGAUUGGACCUAUGACUAAAGAUAUGGCGGAUGCUUACAGCAAUGGUCAUGUUUGGAAGGGUGAUUACUCUGGGAAGCCACCCGUGGAUACCGAGGGUAUGCCAAGUGACGACAAUUGGAUCCAUCGAGACAAGCUGGCACGGAUAGAGAGCGAGGAAUUGCAACAAGCGGCCAUGCGCAUUCAACACCGUGUGCGUACAGGAAGUAAAUCAAGCAGCAUGCGUGGUCGCAGCCAUGACACUCAGAGCUUUAACGGAACCAUUACCACACCUCCCGAACAAACAGAACCCUGGGCAGGUUCAAGGCAACAAUUAGAAUCGCCAAUUCCCUUGGAAGACUCUGAUGAACAAGAAAUCGAGGUCGAAAGGAGAAAUUGGGAUUUGCGACGACCUGAAGAAAUUGCUGCCUCGUCUUCUGAAGUGAAUGAUGAUUCUUCUUCUUCAAAAUUCUACAAAAGUCCGGCCCUGAAGAAGAGUUCUUCGCGAAUUCCCGUUCUGGCUUCUAGUCCUCACCAGGUCUCGUCAGAUCCAAAUGAACCCUCUCCGGAGCCUGCUGAUAGUACAACCCCUCCGUUAUCCACUAGCCGGCCUAGUAGUCGAGCCGGUAUGCUUUCACAGGCGCAAUCGUCCCCUACGAAGAAAGCGCCUACCAAAGGCACUACUACCGCGCGAAAGUCGUCCGCUCCACCCAAUAACCGGAAACCGUCAGGUGCAGCGAAACAGCGAGCUACUUCUGGAAGUAGCACGAGUAGAGACCGACCUGUAACACGAUCUGGAGAUAAUCGCCCGACAACAUCGGCGAACCCUCCUGAAGGUGAUCCACCUUGGCUGGCUACUAUGUAUAAACCGGAUCCUCGACUACCUCCCGACCAGCAAAUGCUUCCGACCCAUGCGAAGAGAAUGCAACAAGAGUUAUGGGAGAAAGAAGGCAAGACACCGACGACCUAUGACCGUGAAUUCGCGCCGUUGGCUGUUCAGCCUGAUGAGCCGGCGCAACUUGCCCCUGCUCCAGAGGAAAAGAAUGAAACGACGACAGAUGGGGAUAAUUCUGCAACUGAGUCAACGUCCCAAUGGCCACUUCAACCGAAGAGCCCUGAACCUACACGUCCGGGAACAAGUGGAACAAACUAUAGUACCAUGCCAAAAGUACAAACAGCGCCUCAGAUUCCGCUGCCGACAACCCCAAGAGUACCUGCGAAUAUGUUCCCACCUCCACCCGAAGAAAAGGAAAAGGUGGAAAAAGGCUGUGGAUGUUGUAUAGUGAUGUGAAGCGCGCACCCCCCCCCCCCCCCCCCCCCAACCCUUUUUUUUUUCAUCAGCCGAUGCUACCUCUCUUUGUUUCUUUUGACUUUCAAAUACCCACGCUUCUCAAGAAGCCAUUCUGAAUUCUUUCCAUUCCAUUAUUUUGUCGGUGGUCUCUCUGCGCAGAUGUUCUUUUAUUCGAAGCCUUUUUCCCCUUGUCUUCUCUAAUUGCUCAUUCUCUCUCUUUCUUAGCGAGUUGUUAUUUCCAA